AUGAAUAUAUUCAAGUUGAAAGUUGGAAGACCAACCAUUGUUCUCCUUGGUGAGGGGAUGGACAAUACAAUCAUAUCAGGGAAUAAAAGCUUUGGUGGUCGCUUCCAGACAUACUACACCGCAACCGUUGGUGUCAAUGGGCAAGGCUUCACAGCCCUAGACAUCACUUUUUGGAAUGAAGCUGGACCAGAGAACCAACAAGCUGUAGCGUUAAGAGGAUACGCUGAUUACAUUAGCUCCUAUCGGUGUCGUUUUGAGGGUUAUCAAGACACACUGUAUACACAAUUUGGCAUACAAUUUUACAGAGAUAGUCAAUUUUUCGGCACUGUAGACUUUAUCUGUGUCGAUGCAACUGCAGUGUUCCAAAAUUGCAUCAUUGAAGUGCGCGCGCCAGUUCCUGGACAGUAUAAUGUAAUCACAGUACAACAACGAGAAAACGAGGAUGACUCAACUGGAAUAGUGCUGCAAAAUUGCACAAUUAAAGCAAGGCUUAAUACCUAG